GCAGCGCCGCUCCCUUGGUUUCUCCUCCCGAGUGUGUCAGCCGGACCUCUUGCAUCGCUGUCAGUGCCGCCCAGGCUCCCUCGCUGCUGCAGCAGCCGCCGCCGACUGCCCCGCUUCCCCUCGAAGGACAGUCUGCUCAGGAGACCCCUGCCGCGAAGGAUGCCGCCCCGCCACUGCCCAAGGAGGAGGAGGACGAGGCAACUGCGCUACCCCCCACUAGUGCCGCUGGCAGCGCGUCAGCUGCCAACCGGGAAUUUGAGGAGCGGAGAGCACAGCAGGAAGACAUCGAAGAGCUUGAGACCAAGGCAGUGGGCUUCUCCCCAGAAGGCCGCUUCCUGAAGUUUGACAUCGAGAUUGGAAGAGGCUCAUUCAAAACUGUCUAUAAAGGACUGGAUACAGAAACCACUGUGGAAGUCGCCUGGUGCGAGCUGCAGGAUCGGAAGCUGUCCAAGUCAGAGAGACAAAGAUUUAAAGAGGAAGCUGGGAUGCUGAAAGGGCUUCAGCAUCCCAAUAUUGUCAGAUUCUAUGAUUCCUGGGAGUCUACAGUCAAAGGAAAAAAGUGCAUUGUUCUUGUGACAGAACUCAUGACAUCUGGAACAUUGAAAACGUAUUUGAAAAGAUUUAAAGUGAUGAAAAUUAAAGUGUUACGAAGCUGGUGCCGUCAGAUAUUGAAAGGCUUACAGUUUCUACACACGCGCACUCCUCCCAUUAUUCAUAGAGACUUGAAAUGUGACAACAUCUUCAUUACUGGCCCCACUGGAUCAGUCAAGAUUGGAGACCUCGGUCUGGCAACACUGAAACGAGCUUCUUUUGCCAAAAGUGUGAUAGGUACCCCAGAGUUCAUGGCCCCCGAGAUGUAUGAGGAGAAGUACGAUGAAUCCGUUGAUGUAUAUGCUUUUGGGAUGUGUAUGCUAGAGAUGGCCACGUCCGAGUAUCCUUAUUCCGAGUGCCAAAAUGCUGCGCAGAUCUACCGUCGAGUGACCAGUGGUGUCAAGCCAGCCAGCUUUGAUAAAGUAGCAAUCCCUGAAGUGAAGGAGAUUAUUGAGGGAUGCAUUCGACAAAACAAAGGCGAAAGAUAUGCUAUUAAGGAUCUUUUGAAUCAUGCUUUCUUCCAAGAAGAGACUGGAGUACGGGUAGAACUAGCAGAGGAAGAUGAUGGAGAAAAAAUUGCCAUUAAACUCUGGCUGCGAAUUGAAGACAUCAAAAAACUCAAGGGCAAAUAUAAAGAUAAUGAGGCAAUAGAGUUUUCCUUUGACUUGGAGAGAGAUGUCCCCGAGGAUGUAGCACAGGAAAUGGUGGAAUCUGGCUAUGUCUGUGAAGGGGAUCACAAGACAAUGGCGAAAGCUAUCAAGGACAGGGUAUCUUUGAUUAAGCGCAAGCGAGAGCAGCGUCAGUUGGUGCGAGAAGAACAGGAGAAGAAGCUUCAGGAAGAAGGUAGUCAGAAGCAGCAGCUGGAGCAACAGCAACCAUCAAGUGCUUCCCAUGCAGGGUCAAAGCAUCCCCUAUCUGUCACUGGUACUACUCCUGUUCCCAGUACUUCAGCAUCGGUUUCUACGCAAGUGGAGCCUGAAGAACCAGAAGCUGAUCAGCACCAACAACUGCAGUUCCAGCAACCCAGUAUAUCUGUUCUUU